AUGGAUUUUCUUGAAAGUAAUAAUAGAUCAUCACUUUAUAAAGAAAAGAUUCCUGAACCUUGUGCUCGAAAACAAGUCUUUGAAUGUGUGCUGAUAGUGCAAAAAUCUUGGGUGCAUAGUUUAAAAUCACGUUGGCAAGAACGCCAAGUUCGUCGCAGAUCAUUGGGUCUCUCAGAACUUGCCAUCGGAGGAUUCAAAGUUUUAACCGACAGCAGAGACUGUAGUGAGGAGAGUAUUGAUUGGGUGGAUUGUGAGGAAAUAGAAGAAAAAAGUAAUGAUACAUUACAAUCACCCCAAAAAUCGAAGAUUACCAACAAAUUCAUCGAAAAAUGUACCUCAUUUCCCACUUUUACGCGGGAAACUAUUAAUGUCGAAGAUGGAAAUGACGGUGACACCGAGCAAGAAAAGCAAGAGGAAGAGAAUGAAGAUGACGAUCCUCCCGCUUCUUGUCUUCCGUUUACUACUUCUGGCUACUCUCUAGUCAACAACAAUACCAACGAAAACUCUGCUAUUGUCGGGUUAAAAAUGUCUACUCUAUCACCAACUUCGGGCAUUCCCGUAUUAAAAUCAAUACCAGCAAAAGCGAAUUCUUCGAAAUCAGAAUUUAAUGAUAUCAACGACAAUCCCGAGUACGACACAGAAUUUUGGGAAACUGAGGAAGAGAUUGAAGAAAUGUCAUCGAAAGAUGUCAUUAAUCUUAAAGAUUGGCAUACUAAAGAUGAGAAUAUUCAAUUUCUUCCGGUGGACGACGAUUGCUGGAUAACAGAGGAAGAAAUGGAAGUUGUGGAACUGUCGUCUGCUUGUUUGCAUAGUUUCACGACAAAUAAAAUUAAUUAUGCUUGA